GUGUGAAGCCAAUUCAAGAAGAAGGGACAUUAAUUUUGCGAUAUUGCUCUCUCCAUAAUUCGAUCAACAUGACGAUUUAAUAGUGCGUCCGAAUCGGAUAAAAACUAAUAAAAAUCCGUAAUAAUCAAGUGAUUAGGCUACCUUUGUGUUCAAAAUGAGCAGUGGGAACGGAUUGCUUGGGAUGUUCGAGUCCAUAACUCAACCCCUCAUGACCUAUCUGUGGUUUCCACCUAUGUACAGUUUCAUAGGAUCCAUUGGCAUAUUUUUGGCCAUGUGGCAACGCAUGGAUGUCAUGCAGGACGAGCAGUGGCGGCCACAGGCAACGGAGAAAUUUGACUUCAUUGUAGUGGGGGCAGGAUCUACUGGGACGAUUGUCGCAAAUAGGUUAUCAAAGCAUUACAACGUUCUACUACUCGAAGCUGGAGGAGAACCUAACCCGUUUUCCUUUAUUCCUGGGUUUGGAUUCUUUUUAAUCAACUCUCCACAAACUGACUGGAUGUACAAAACGGUGCCGCAGACUAAAAGUUGCUUAAACUCUGUAAAUCAACAAUCAAGCUGGAGCGCUGGCAAAGGUCUCGGAGGUACCGGGACGUUGAACUUGAUGGUGCAUUUACGAGGACAUCACAAGGAUUAUGAAAACUGGUCCAACAUAACCGGUGACCAAAGAUGGGGUUGGGAAGGCGUCCUUCCAUACUUCAAAAGUUAUGAAAAUCAUGAAGAAGCUUUCGAUGUGGAUAAACGUUAUCACGGGUUUUCCGGUGAUCUCAGAAUUCAAGCUCCAGAUUACAUUGGAGUUGGGGUUGAUUUCAUAAAGGCAGGCAUGGAGAUGGGAUACCCAAUGGUCGACCUCAACGGGGUUUAUGAUGAAGGAUUUGGCGUGGUGCGGUACCCAAUUAAAAACGGCGUUCGUCAAGCCCCAUUCAAAGCGUUUUUGGAACCCAUCAGGUCACGAACGUCACUCACCAUUAGAAAGUAUGCCCAUGUCAAUAAGGUAUUGUUUCGCGAAGGGAACCAAGCAUACGGAGUAGAAUACGAUAGACAUGGAGAACGACAUACGGCAUAUGCAACCAAAGAAGUAAUUCUCAGCGCAGGGACUAUUGCAACCCCAAAAAUUUUGAUGCUUUCCGGAAUUGGACCAAAAGAACAUCUUGAAGAAAUUGGGAUUCCAACGCUAAAGGAUUUACCCGUUGGGAAAAAUUUGCAAGAUCAUGCAAGCGUCUACCUUAAUCCAAUUUUCAUAAACCAGCCAAGAACAUUUUUAAUGGAUCGAGAUUUGACUCCCAGCGUGUAUUUGGCAUGGCUUGGUGCUGGUCGAGGAAUUCUCACAUCAUCCGGAGUGCACGCAUCCGCUCUGGUCUCGUCGUCACUUGCCAAAGCUUCAGGUCACGGAGAUUGGCCUGAUCUUCAUUUUCUUGUUUCUGGAGUUUCUGUCUCAAAAUCCUUUCCUUCAGAAAUUUCAAAAGCAUUCGGUCUUAGAUUUGACGACAUGAACCAGUAUUAUCAGCAUGCUGUUGGCAAGGACUCUUUCGUCCUGAUUAUCUCUGGUGCUCGACCAAUGUCACGUGGACAUAUCAAAUUGGGUGGAAGUAGUCCCCUUGACAGCCCUGUAAUUGAUCCAAACUACUACUCAGACCCAAACAACAUGGACUUGAAAGUUAUGGUUGAUGGAAUAAAAAUAGCAUUAUUUUUGGCUGAAAAUACAACUGCUUUUGGGGAACUUCUGGGAGCCAGAUUCACGGACGAAGUGCUGCCAGGUUGUGAGAACAUUGAAUUCCGAUCUGAUGCCUACUGGGAAUGUUACGCCCGACGGUACACGGUGAGUCUGCACCACGCUUGCUGCACGGCUUCCAUGGGGAGUGCCUCCUCCCCCCACGCCGUUGUGGACACUCAGCUCAGAGUGAUUGGGACCAAGGGAUUGAGAGUCAUGGACUUGUCCGUCUUGCCGGUCAUAAUUACGACAAACACACAGGCCACCGCGCUCAUGAUUGGCGAAAAAGGUGCGCAACUUGUCUUGAAUCAAUGGCAAGGGAAGAAGAAAUCGGAUGAGACACAUGACGAUGGAUUUAAUGAGCAGAAGUAGCCUAACCAAAAAUCUCUUAAUUUCUCUAAAUUAUUUAUGCGUUCGAAUAGAUCUCUGUGUUUAAAAUUAUUUAAAACUUUCGCGUUAAAUGAUAAUACAAUAGCUCUAAGCAUGCACGGAUUCAUAGCGGAUUGCGUGUGGUUCACAGUAGUUCACACGCUUUCUCUCGUUGUUAGUACUCGCCGUUACCCACGAGCAAAGUUGCCCGGAGAAAGUUCAAUGUGGGUGUUUCGGCCGUGUUCGUGACUUUCAUUGAUUUGUCUGAACCAGAAAACCGGAAUGAAAAGUGCAUUUUGAUAAAAGUAAAUACAGCGAAUAAAGGCAAUUAUUUAUUAUA